AUGUAUUUUUAUUUGUUGUUAUUAAUUUUUUUUUUAUUAAAUGUAAGUAUACAAAGUAAAAAUACUGAUUUUUUAAAGUUCAAUGCAUUUAUAUACCCAAAUAAAAAAUAUCGUGUUUUAAUUAAACAUAAUAAUAAUUGUAUUUCUAAAAAUAAAGCUAUCCAAAACAUAACACAACGAAAUGUUUUUUUAAAAGAGAAUAUAAAAAAUAUAGCAAGAAAUAAAGAUAUUUUUAAAUUAAAAUUAUUUUCCUCAUCAUCACUAUCGUCAAUUUUUAAAUUUUUUUUAACAAAUAAAAAAAGUAUAAAAUUAGCUGCUUUACACUUUAUAAGAAUAUAUAAAUUUAUAAUUUAUAUAAGAUGCUUAUUAGAAUGGUUACCUCAAAUUAAUCCUCAUUUAAAUCCUUUUGUUUUUAUUUUUACUUUUACAAAUAAUUAUGUUCAAUUUUUUCAUAAAAUUAUUCCUAACGUUUUUGGAAUAGAUUUGAGUGGGAUUUUUUCCUGGAUAUUUUUAGAAAUGAUCGAAAAUUUUUUAUCUUAG